AUGAAAGGAGUUCAGAAGACUCCUCUUUUUCUUCUUCUCCUUCAUAUUUCCUUUCUUUUCUUGCUUCCAUUGAACGCCGCAUCAUCACCAAGAACACAAGCAGAAGCUCUCAUAACCUGGAAGAACGACUUUGCUUCUUCACCACCUUCUCUCAAUUCUUGGUCCGUCACAAACCUCAACAACCUUUGCAAUUGGACUGCCAUUGUCUGUGACCACAACACCAAAUCAAUUUCCCAAAUUGACCUCUCCAACUUCAACAUCUCUGCAACACUAACCCAUUUCAACUUCACCCCAUUUCUCAAUCUCACCCAAUUCAAACUCAAGGGCAACAAUUUCACAGGACCUGUGCCAUCUGCCAUUGGCAAACUCUCCAAGCUCACAACUUUGGACUUGGACACCAACUUAUUCAGUCAAGAAAUACCUGUACAGAUAGGCAUGUUGACUGAGCUUCAGUAUUUGAGUUUCUUCAACAACAGUCUCACUGGUGUAAUUCCCUAUCAGCUUAGCAAUCUCCAAAAGGUACAGUUUUUGAAUCUUGGAGCCAACUACUAUUUAGAAACUCCUGACUGGUCUAAAUUUUCAGGCAUGGCUUCUUUGACACACCUUGAUUUUUCUCCAAACACUCUUGAUUCAGAAGUCCCAGAAUUUAUAUCUAAAUGUUUGAACUUGACAUUCCUGGACUUGUCUGAAAAUGCUUUCACUGGUAAAAUUCCAGAAGCGGUAUUUACCAAUCUGGGCAAGCUCAAACACCUUCAUUUAGCAUGGAACAAUUUCAGUGGUCCAAUUCCUGAAGAUAUUGGUUUGAUAUCUGGUCUUCAGCAUAUUGACUUGGAAGGGAAUUACCUUGAAGGGCCAAUUCCAUCAUCUAUAGGCCAACUCAGGGAGCUUAAAUACCUUGAUCUUCAAAUGAAUUUCUUAAACUCUUCAAUCCCUUCUGAGCUUGGUCUUUGUACUAACCUCACCUACUUGGCCCUGGCUUCCAAUUUCCUCAGUGGGAAAAUUCCACCUUCUAUAGGCCAACUAAGAGGGCUCCGGUACCUUGAUCUUAGUUCCAAUUCCUUAAAUUCUUCAAUCCCUUCUGAGCUUGGUUUUUGUACCAACCUCACCCACUUGGACCUGACUUCCAAUCACCUUGAAGGGAAAAUUCCAUCCUCUAUAGGCCAACUGAGGGAGCUUCAGCACCUUGAUCUUCAAAUGAAUUCCUUAGACUCUUCAAUCCCAUCUGAGCUUGGUUUUUGUACCAACCUCACCUACUUGGACCUGUCUUCCAAUCACCUUGAAGGGAAAAUUCCAUCCUCUAUAGGCCAACUCAGGGAGCUUCAGAACCUUUAUCUUCAAAUGAAUUCCUUAAACUCUUCAAUCCCUUCUGAGCUUGGUUUUUGUUUCAGCCUCACCUACUUGGAUCUUUCGAGAAACCAGCUCUCUGGGUCAAUUCCUCUAACACUAAGCAACCUUGCACAUAUUCAGAGCUUAGAUCUUUCCAACAACAAUCUCAAUGGCUCAUUCCCGACAGAGAUUGCCUUCCCACUCCUGGGGAAUUUUUAUUUGUCUCAAAACAAUUUCACAUACAAUACUUUUGUUGGAAACUCUGACUUGUGUAGAGAUGCUAGGGGCCUAUCUAGAGCGUGCAAUUCCAAAAAAAAUAACAAGAAAGUUAUAAUUGGUGUCCUUGUACCUGUUUGUGUUAUAUCAGUGGUUGCAAUUACAAUUGCUCUGAUUCUUAUGUUCCAUAAGAAAACCAAGUGUGCACUUAAGAAAAUCAAUAGUACUGCUCAAAACUUUGAGAAUUUUGUGUCAAUGAUAUUGCAAGAAGAAGUAAAAUUUACGUUUGGGGAAGUUGUAAAGGCCAUAGACGAUUUUCAUGAGAAGUACUGUAUUGGAAAAGGAGGAUUUGGAAGAGUAUACAAGGCAGAGUUGCUAUCAGGUCAAGUUGUGGCAGUUAAGAGGCUUAACAUGUCAGACUCUAACGACAUUCCAGCAAUCAAUCUCCAAAGUUUCGAGAAUGAAAUAAGAACUUUAACAAAUCUCCGACAUAGGAACAUCAUUCAGCUAUACGGGUUCUGUUCAAGGAGGGAAUGCAUCUUCUUGCUCUAUGAAUAUUUAGAGAGAGGCAGCCUGGGAAAGGCAUUGUAUGGGGUUGAAGGGGUAACAGAACUUGGAUGGGCUACAAGGGUCAAAGUUGUGAAAGGAUUAGCUCAUGCACUUUCUUACUUGCACCAUGACUGCUCUCCACCAAUUGUGCACCGUGAUGUAACUGUCAACAAUGUAUUGCUCGAGUCAGAUUUCGAAGCCCGACUUUCUGAUUUUGGAACAGCAAGACUGAUUAGUGCCAAUUCAUCCAACUGGACCCAUAUUGUUGGCUCAUUUGGCUACAUGGCACCAGAGCUUGCAUUGACAAUGCGAGUCACGGAUAAGUGUGAUGUGUAUAGCUUUGGGGUGGUGGCGCUGGAAGUUAUGAUGGGAAGGCACCCAGGGGAUCUGCUAGAAUCCCAGCUAUCAAAAUCAUCAAAAUCAAUGACGGAGGACAAUGCAGAGUUGCUUUUGAAGGAUUUGUUAGACCAAAGGCUGGAGGCUCCAAGUAAUGAAUUGGCAAAGGCAGUGGUGGUUGUGAUGAGUUUAGCCUUGGGUUGUAUACGUACGCGUCCCGGGUCUCGACCUACAAUGCUUUAUGUAGCACAAAAACUAUCAGCUCGUAGUCUGCCUUCCCUUCCUGAACCAUUUGGCAUGCUAACCAUCAACAAGCUCAUGGGGAUAUAAAAAAUAAAACUAGUUGGAAAGUUUUCUGUGUGUAAGAGAAAUUCUUAUACCAUGUAUGUUAACAUUAACAUCUGCAA